AUGUCCAUCCAACCCCAUGAGCUACCUAGCUACACUGACUUUGAUUCAGUUAUUGAACUGUUCGAACUACAAGCCCUCCGGUUUAAAGAUAAUGUUCUCCUCCACUACCAAUUGGUCAAUUCGAUGGAGUUCAGGGCAUUAACAUAUGGUCAAGUUAAUGAAAUUACUACCUAUUUGGCGAACUCCUGGAAAUCAAUGCUGCACGACAAAACGCAAUGUAUCGCUACGCUCAGCGACGACCCGGCCCAGUGUAUGCUGGCAUUCUUUACUGCAUUGAAAUUGAAUGUUAGCUAUUUUCCAGUAUCGACCCACUGCUCAGAAGCAGCCAUUAGUCACCUUCUCAAAGAGACAAACACCGGUUUUUUGAUCGCUACGCCAACAAAUGGUGCAAAGGCGCGGAAGUGCGCAGCCGCUGUAUAUGAUCUAAAAAUUGGCGUAAAAAUAUGGGAUGGAUUCGACGUCGAUCAGCUUGUCGCCACCGCAACUGCAGUCAGCACUCCUCCAGCAGACGAAUAUGACUAUUCAAGGGAGAAGCGACGACGCGUAAUGAGCCGGGACCCAACGGCCACUGUGACCUGGCUUCACAGCUCUGGUACGACCUCAGCAUUUCCAAAACCUAUCCCUCACAGCACACGAUCGUAUAUGUACGUGGUAAUAGAGAUUAUUUUGAGCUCUAUCCAAAACAACUCGCCAGACCUGGCCAUGGAUUCAACAGAUGUCAUGCUGAUUACAGAAAAAAUGUUCCAUGCUCCUGCCGUGUAUUUGUUUGGAGCAACCGUAUUGAUUUCAUCGGCGAUCGAGCUGGAGCAACUUGCCGAGUAUCUGCAACAAACCUCUUUUGAUUAUAGAGUGACAUUGGAACGUUUUAAGUUUACAUUAUGCCACGGGGCUCCUCUUCGCCAGCCGAUUGGCAAUCUUAUGCGCUCACAAGGAUUGAAUAUACAAAAUGCUUAUGGAAUGACAGAGGUUGGCUGUCUCUCCCUAUCUGAUGUUUCCAGGAGCAAUGACAAAAACUGGCACAGUAUUAAACCGACUAGUGCAUCAAUGCGCUACAUGUCGUUCGAGCCGUUCAAUAAUGACAUGUAUCAGCUUGUGGUGCACAGCAAUUGUCCAUCUCUUCCAAGCGUUGCUGCCAACCUUCCCAAUGGAGACUUCACCACAAAGGACUUGUUUAUAGAGGAUCAGCCUGGAUCGGGAACCUGGACUUUUGUCGGAAGGACAGAUGAUCUGCUACUAAUGAGCACAGGCGAGAAGGUCAAUCCUUUACCACUGGAGAAAGAGAUUUGCAAGGAGGCCAUAAUUCGAAAAUGUAUUGUUGUUGGUGAAAAUCGUCCAUCCACCGCUGUCUUGGUUGAACUCAAGGUGAGCGAGGCGCUCUCAUAUUCUCCGGUGAAAAUAAUUUCUACAGUAUAUGAAGCUGUGCAUCGAGCAAACAAACACGCUCCGUUUCAUGGUACUGUUGCAGUUCCUGACAUGGUGUACAUUCUUCCACUCAAUAAGCAAUUACCAACGACACCAAAAGGAUCAGUUUCUCGUAAAAAGGUUAUUACGGACUUUGAGCAAGAGAUCCAAUUAAUUUUAUACGAUAGUAAUUUUUUAUCCGACAUUGUUUGUGCAGGAGGACACAAAAGACUUGUAUCGUGUGUUCGGAAUGCAUUAACCGAACAAUCAUCUGUGGCUAGACCAGAAAGAAGUCAUACCCCUACGUUUCUAUAA